AUGUCGUCGUCAAAGCCGAAAUGGCCGUCCCUGACGGUCGCGCGCGGCGACGGGAACAGGCCACGUCAGAAUCUGCAUGACCGCGUCCUGGACCUACAUCACGAUACGAGCGUCUUUCUGAGCCAUCUAGAGGCUCAUAAUCAAGGAAUCCCAAAGCCCCUCAUCGAGCUGAUCAGAAAUACCCAGUUUGUUGUCGGAGAGGUCCUCAAACACCCUCUUGGCGAGGACUGGAAGCAGGCGGUGGCCGAGCUCCGCGAGAUCACCCUCGACAUCAGAAAGAACACUACCACCACCCAGCACGUUCUGACUACUCAAUCUCUUCCGCUUUCUAGCAAGAUCCGGUCAUACGCGCAGGCGGCCGCAGGGGCCUCUCCCCCGGCUCACACGGUCUCCUCCCACAGCUCUGCCAGAAGUCCAGGGGCUACCCCCUCGGAGCUCAGCAAAGACCGUGAGGUGAUCGUCAAACUGCCUGAUCCUGGUGCUGUCCAGACGUUUCGACGACUGAGAGCCGUGGAGAUCAAGAAUCGAGCCGAAAAGGCCCGUGUUAAGGCCUCAAAAGAGACCCUAGCGGCCACGCUGGCCUCCGUGCAAUUCGUGGCUGCACGCCAGCUCAAGUCAGGUGACUUGAGCCUCAGCCUCCGCACCGCCCAGGAGGCUGAGAUCGCCCGUUGCCAUCCUAGCUGGGUCACAGCCUUCCACCAGAAGGCUAUCGUCCGCCUGCCGACCUGGGGUGUGGUGGUUCACGACGUCCAGGUUAAAUCAGUGGGCGACCUGGGCGACCCCCAAGAGAUUAAGCGCGUGGGCGAUCAGAUCCUUGCAAAAACAACAACUUCGACGCAGAACAAAUUUUUGAAAUUUCUCGCCCACACCACAUUCUUUUGA